AUGGCUACCUCAGGCUACAUGGGACGUGUAUUUGCGCGACUGCGUCAAAUGACUGCGCAGCGCACGGACGACCGCGUGCGCAUCCAGAACGUGAUCGUCAACGCCAUCAAGGUCAUCAAAAUGUUUGCUUGGGAGCAUCGCUUUAUCGCACUCGUUUCUGAGGCUAGGAAAAAAGAAAUCGGCGUUAUCCGUAGAAGCAGUCUCCUGAAAGCUGUCAACGACGCCAUGUUCUUCACCUCUGCUAAGCUGGCGAUCUGUUUGACAGUCAUAACCUACGUGCUCACAGGGAGCUUAGUCACCGCUGAAAAAGUUUUCGUGACAGGCUCUCUGAUCAGUAGCGUCGGGAUACUGAUGACUUAUUGCCUUCCGGCUGCGAUAUCCUCCGGGGCGGAAGCGCUGGUGUCGUGCGAAAGACUGCAGGGGAAGUGUGCAUUUUUUGGCCCUUUCAACGAACUUCAGAAGAGCAACAUCGGGCUAGAGAUGAUGACGAUUGACGCUAUGAAGCUGAGUCCCGCCUCAGCCACAUUUUCAUCGCCCAGUUCCAUCGUUAAUAUUCUACAACGAGGGCAAUCGAAUGCCUCCAAGUACGGGAGCAUGGAGACUAACAGCGAGACUGAGAAAAGAGUUCUGAUGGCGUCAGAGGAAGGUUUUGAAACGGUUCAUCGACUUCAAGAAAGAAAUACGCUGAAACAGGAGAGACAUGGAAGUUCAACAGAAGAGAUGCCUAUCGUUGCACGAGAGGAACAGCGUUCGGUGGGCUCAGUCUCUUCCGCCGUGUAUCUGCAGUACUUCCUCAAUGGCGGAUCUUGGGCCUGGAUCACGCUUCUCAUUUUCUCCAACCUCAUUACUCAAGUUGCUUAUACGGGAUCAGAUUUUUGGCUUUCAUUAUGGACUAAUGAGCUGCAUGGACAAACAUACCAAGGCGCAAUGAACGGCCACAACAUCACUAACCAGACCACGAAAAGGUUGGAAAUUGACGUGUCGUUCACGUCGUUCACUUUUGCGCAAGUCUACGGCGCAUUGGUAUGUAUCGUACUAAUUCUGUCUCUGGGACGGACGAUGUUAUUCUUCAUGAUGUGCUGUGUGUCGUCACGACGCCUGCACGACAACAUGUUUCAAGCGGUUAUGCGCGCGCCCAUGAGAUUCUUCAAUACCCAGCCUAUUGGUCAUGUGCUAAAUUGCUUCACAAAAGAUAUGGGACAAAUUGAUGAACUAAUGCCGACGUGCUUAUGGGACUUUUUGGCAAUAUCGUUGAACACAGUGGGAAUCAUUGCACUGAUCGGGUUCGUCUUCCCCUACAUGUUCAUCCCAACCGCCGUAUUCGUCGUCGUGCUUAUUUUGUUGCGACGUCUCUACUUGCACACCGCUCGAGACAUCAGGAGGCUUGAAGCAAUCACGCGCAGUCCGGUAUUCUCCCACCUCAGCACAUCUCUAAACGGUUUGACCACCAUUAGGGCCUUCCGUACCCAGCGCUCCUUCGUCAAGGGCUUCGAUCAUCUUCAGGAUUUCCACACGUCGUCGUUUUCAAUUCUUACAGCGACGACGCAAUGGUACGGAUUUUCACUUGAUGGCCUUUCAGCUUUUUUCGUCGCUUGCGUCAUCAUCACAUGUAUCGCUGAUCAAGGCCACCGCAGUGGUGAUGUUGGACUGGCCAUCUUCUGCGCACUGAUGCUCACCAACACUCUUCAGUGGGGCGUUCGACAGUCGGCCGAAGUAGAGAACCAAAUGAUUUCUGUGGAGCGGGUGCUGAAUCUCAGCGCAUUACAGCCAGAGGCCCCACUGAUCUCGGACGUAGGCGAGUCACGCAGUAGAGCAGAAGUUUUCCAAAGAGCAGACGCCAACAUAAAGCCUGGUUGGCCAACCACUGGACAAAUUGACUUCAGGAACGUGAGCCUUCGUUAUGAGGAAAACCAGCCCCUGGUUCUGAAGAAUAUCUCAUUUACCAUCACAUCAGGUGAAAAAAUCGGCAUCGUGGGCCGUACAGGGGCAGGUAAGUCGUCACUCAUCUCUUGCUUGUUGCGCUUGACGGAACCCACCGGACAGAUCAGCAUCGAUGGCGUGGACAUCGGCAAGCUCGGACUGCACACUCUCCGCAAGAACAUUUCCAUCAUCCCUCAGGACCCUGUACUAUUCAAUGGCUCUCUUCGUAUGAACUUAGACCCCUUCAACGAGUACUCAGAUGAGCAACUAUGGAAUGCACUUAACGAGGUACAAAUGAAGGAGGCGGUACAGGCGAGUCCCGAUGGUCUGGAUCAGACUGUGGAGGAGGGCGGCAGCAACCUGAGUGUGGGGCAGCGGCAGCUCGUGUGUCUGGCUCGCGCCAUCCUCUCGCACAACCGCAUCCUGCUCAUCGAUGAGGCAACCGCCAACGUCGACUCAAAGGCAGAUGAGCUGAUUCAGAAGACCAUUCGGGAGAAGUUCCAGCGAUGCACGGUGCUGACUGUGGCCCAUAGACUCCAAACUAUCAUGGACAGCACAAGAGUGAUGGUGAUGAGUGAUGGAAAAAUCCAAGAGCUGGAUGCCCCUUACACGCUGCUGCUGGACCGCGACUCGCUCUUCUCGCACCUCGUACGCCAGGCCGACGACGCGACCGCGGAGUGCUUGCCCAAAACUGCAAGGGAGGCUUACAAGAAGUGA